AACUGCCUCGUGUCUGAAGAUCACGUCGUCAAAAUAGCUGAUUUUGGAAUGACACGUGACAUCUACCUGACUGAUUACUAUAGACGAGGUGACCAUGGCGUCCUUCCUAUUAGAUGGAUGCCCAAAGAAUCUAUAGAAGCUGGAUUUUUCAGCUACGAAUCCGAUGUUUGGUCCUACGGUGUGGUACUGUGGGAGAUUGCGACCUUGGGCCAUCACCCUUACAUGGGUCUAUCCAACCUUCAGGUUUGCGAUUUUGUCAUGAAAGGCGGUCGCCCCAACCUCCCUGAAGGAUGUGAUUCUCUAUUGGCGACUUUAAUGAAGAAAUGUUGGAUCAGAGAUCCGGCCAGUCGCAUCACGUUUCAAGGAAUUUUGGACAUGUUGGUGGAUAAAGUGGCCGAUGAUUUUAAAGAAGUAUCGUAUUAU